AGGCGGCCUGCUUCCUCCUGGCACCGGAAGUGGCUAUCCACUUCGGCCUGUGGGCUAUGGGAAUUGCGGCCCGGUAGUAGCUCAGGUGUGAGGCGAGCGGGGGCUGCGGCCAUGGAGGCCGUGCUGAACGAGCUGGUGUCUGUGGAAGACUUGCUGAAAUUUGAAAAGAAGUUUCAGUCAGAGCAGGCUGCCGGCGCCGUGUCCAAGGGCACCCAGUUUGAGUACGCCUGGUGUCUGGUGCGCAGCAAGUACAACGACGACAUCCGUAAAGGCAUCGCGCUGCUGGAGGAGCUGCUGCUCAAAGGGAGCAAGGAGGAGCAGCGGGAUUAUGUCUUCUACCUGGCUGUGGGGAACUACCGGCUCAAGGAGUACGAGAGGGCCCUGAAGUACGUGCGGGGGCUGCUGCAGACUGAGCCCCAGAACAACCAGGCCCGCGAGCUGGAGCGCCUGAUUGACAAGGCCAUGAAGAAAGAUGGCCUGGUGGGCAUGGCCAUCGUCGGCGGCAUGGCCCUGGGUGUGGCGGGCCUGGCUGGACUCAUCGGACUCGCCGUCUCCAAGUCCAAACCCUAAGCGACUCAGCUCUGCCGAGGGACAGACAGAACCGCAGGGGACAGGGAUGGGGCACUUGCCCUGAAGCCCUAACCACCACCCCCCCCCCAGCCCCAUCGUGUGCUCAGAGGCAUGUAAAUAAAGCUAGGCCUCAGCUUGGGA